GUCCAACCAUUUUUUGUCUUCACCUCGGCUCGAGAUUCAAACCCUAGCCAAUAUCGAAGGAGACCAUCAUCCCACUCACACUCACUUCAGCAGGAAUUCCAAUCGAAUACGUAGAUCCACCUCAUGGAGCGGAGGGGAAGAGCCACCGGGUGUGGCGGAGCGGCGGCCUAUGCUCUGUUGGCGCUCCUCGUUCUGACCUCGGUGAGCCGUGUUUCGGCGCUGUCGGUGACGGUGCACGAGGUCGAGUGCAUAUACGAAUAUGUGUUGUACGAAGGCGACACCGUCUCCGGGAAUUUCGUCGUCGUUGAUCAUGAUAUAUUCUGGAGCUCCGAUCAUCCUGGCAUCGACUUCACGGUGACAUCUCCAGCCGGCAAUGUUGUGAACACUUUGAAAGGGACGUCAGGGGACAAAUUUGAUUUUAAGGCCCCUAGAAGUGGAAUGUAUAAAUUCUGUUUCCACAAUCCAUAUUCCACACCCGAAACUGUCUCGUUCCACAUUCACAUCGGACACAUUCCUACAGAACAUGACGUCGCGAAAGAUGAACAUUUGGAUCCCAUCAAUGUUAAAAUCGCCGAACUGAGGGAGGCGCUAGAAUCUGUCAUUGCCGAGCAGAAGUACUUGAAAGCACGAGAUGCUCGCCAUCGCCACACAAACGAGAGCACUAGGAGGCGCGUCAUAUUCUACACGGUCGGAGAAUAUAUCCUGCUGGCCCUCGUCAGCGGGCUUCAGGUCGUCUACAUUCGUCGGCUAUUCAGCAAAUCGGUCGCGUACAACCGCGUUUGACGACGAGACUCGGGUUUUCUUGGUAAGUUUCUUCUCCUCCCUUUUAACUCACUUGGCUUUUUUCUCAUUGAUUUGUUUAGUUGUAGAGUGAGAAGGGGUUGAAAAAUAACCAAAUGAGUUCAUUUAGAAGAGCCAUUGAUAGUUUUUUGUAUAAUCAGAUUAGAUCAUUUUGGAUAUAUAGCUGAAAUAGUCAGUUUCUUGUUGAAUAUUUCAGUACCUCUUUGAUGGUUUAUUUAAUAUGAUGGUUCCACGUUUACAUUUUCCUUA